AUGAACAGCACAACUGGCCGCGUUUAUGGAGACUUGGUUUCGCCAGAGCCCCAAGAGCUCACCUGCACGGUCCGUUCGAAAGGAUCUGGCCAGCUCCUCACAGAGGAUCCCCAAGCGGCCUUGCAGAUCCAUGUAGAGCACUUCUCCUACUCCCAUGGCGCCCUGGUCUUCACCCCAAAUCGUCAGAGCUUCACCCCCAGCUUCCAUGGUGGCUUCAACGGCUUUCAGCUUCGCUGCACACCAGACCUCCCCUGGGCCCAGAUCGAUUUAGAUACCGGCCGCAUUACCAAGAUGCCACAGGCGACACCACUGCCACGCACAGGCAGCUGCACUGUCACAGCGUCAGCCUGCCUGGAGGAGGGGACUUCGGAGUGCACGCGGGUGAAGCGGUCCACAGACGUGGUCCUGGUGGCGGCCAAUGAAGCCACGGAGCUCUUCCUCGUCUUGGAGGGUGGAACCUGGCAGAAGGUCAAUGAGGUGAACCUGACUGUCGGCCGGAUGAGCCAUGGGUACCGACUGGCGACCGCCCUGAGUUUGCAAGACGCUUCCGAACUUGACUCGCCCCUUUCCUACCAUGUCGACUGCGGUAACAGCACCAGCUUCAACGUGCAGGCGGGGAAGUUGAGCAAGGAUGGCGUGGAUGUCUUCCACCUCACGCAGGGUGGACAACUGGCCGGAGCCCCUGCAGGCUCUCCUGUGAGAAAGUCAGAAGAGUGA